CCCCGAGCCUGCCCGGAGGAGCGCGGCUGCCCCGGGGACCGGGGGCACAGAGGGACGGGGGGAAGAAGCACAAGACUGCAGGGAGGGAGUCGGGCAGAGCAUCCCCACGGCAAUGUCCAAGGGCUUGAAGAAAAAAAGCCACUGGACGAGCAGAGUCCACGAGAUCGUGAUCGUGAGGAACCCGGAGGGACAGCUGGGCUUCGAGCUGAAGGGGGGCGCCGAGAAUGGGCAGUUCCCCUACCUGGGGGAAGUGAAGCCCGGCAAGGUGGCCUAUGAGGGCGGCAGCAAGUUGGUGCCGGAGGAGCUGCUGCUGGAGGUGAACGAGACCCCCGUGGCCGGGCUCACCAUCAGGGAUGUGCUGGCGGUGAUCAAGCACUGCAAGGACCCCAUCCGCCUCAAGUGCGUCAAGCAAGGAGGCAUUGUUGAUAAGGACCUUCGUCACUACCUCAAUCUACGGUUCCAGAAAGGUUCGGUGGACCAUGAGCUCCAGCAGAUCAUAAGAGACAAUCUCUACCUCCGCACCGUGCCAUGCACCACAAGGCCACAUAAGGAGGGAGAAGUCCCUGGUGUGGACUAUAUUUUCAUCACUGUUGAAGAUUUUAUGGAAUUGGAGAAAAGUGGUGCUCUCCUAGAAAGUGGAACUUAUGAAGACAACUAUUACGGCACUCCGAAGCCUCCAGCAGAACCAGCCCCGCUGCUGUUAAAUGUGACAGACCAGAUCCUGCCAGGUGCCACUCCAGGGGCUGAAGGCAAACGAAAAAGGAAUAAAUCUGUGAGCAACAUGGAGAAGACAGGCAUUGAACCACCAGAGGAAGAGGAGGAAGAAAGACCUGUGGUCAAUGGCAAUGACGUGACAGUAACACCAGAAUCAAGUGAACAUGAAGAGAAGAGUACAGCUGUCUCAGGUGAGGCAUCUACCACCCAGCCUUGUCCUGCACCAGGAUAUGGUCAGCCUGAAGAGGCAAAGGAGGAUAUGGAUGUAACAAAACAGACUAAACCUGAAGAGAAUGAUGACUUGGGCCCACUGCCUGAUAACUGGGAAAUGGCUUAUACAGAAAAGGGGGAAGUCUACUUUAUUGACCAUAACACAAAGACAACAUCAUGGCUGGAUCCACGACUUGCGAAAAAGGCUAAACCUCCAGAAGAGUGCAAAGAAAAUGAGCUUCCAUAUGGCUGGGAGAAAAUUGAUGAUCCCAUUUAUGGCACUUAUUAUGUUGACCACAUAAAUAGAAGAACUCAAUUUGAAAACCCUGUCCUAGAAGCAAAAAGGAAGCUACAGCAGCAUAACAUGCCCAACGCAGAACUUGGAACAAAGCCUAUGCAGGCCCAAGGUUUCCGAGAAAAACCACUCUUCACCCGUGAUGCAUCACAGCUGAAGGGGACUUUCCUCAGCACAACUCUUAAGAAAAGCAACAUGGGUUUUGGAUUUACCAUCAUUGGUGGGGACGAGCCAGAUGAGUUUCUCCAGGUGAAGAGUGUAAUUCCUGAUGGGCCUGCAGCACAAGAUGGGAAAAUGGAAACAGGUGAUGUGAUUGUCUAUAUUAAUGAAGUUUGUGUCCUUGGACAUACUCACGCAGAUGUAGUCAAACUCUUCCAGUCUGUUCCUAUUGGUCAGAGUGUCAACUUGGUGCUAUGUCGUGGAUACCCUUUGCCCUUUGAUCCUGAAGAUCCUGCCAACAGCAUGGUGCCACCCCUUGCAGUAAUGGAGAGGCCUCCGGUAGUGGUAAAUGGAAGACAUAACUAUGAAACUUAUUUGGAAUACAUUUCUAGGACUUCUCAGUCUGUUCCAGACGUAACAGAUCGACCACCACACUCCUUGCACUCCAUUCCAGCAGAUAGUCAGCUUGAUAGCACAUUCCCACCACCUGCCCAUGAUGAUAAUGUAUCAAUGGCUUCUUCUGGGGCCACCCAAGCUGAACUCAUGACCUUAACCAUUGUGAAAGGGGCCCAGGGCUUUGGCUUCACUAUAGCAGACAGUCCUACAGGACAGAGGGUGAAGCAAAUUCUAGACAUUCAGGGAUGUCCUGGUUUGUGUGAAGGUGACCUCAUUGUUGAGAUCAACCAGCAGAAUGUACAGAACCUGAGCCAUGCAGAAGUAGUGGAUAUACUUAAAGAAUGUCCUGUUGGAAGUGAAACUUCUUUGAUUAUCCAUAGAGGAGGUUUCUUUUCUCCAUGGAAAACUCCAAAGCCUAUGAUGGAACGAUGGGAGAAUCAAGGCAGCCCUCAAACAAGUGUGUCUGCUCCAGCUAUGCCACAGAAUAUUCCCUAUCCACCCGCUCUUCACAGGAGUUCAUUUCCUGAUUCAACAGAGGCCUUUGAUCCACGAAAACCUGACCCGUAUGAGCUGUAUGAGAAAUCAAGAGCUAUUUAUGAAAGUAGGCGUCCCGAUUACAAGGAGCUAGAUGUUCACCUUCGGAGAAUGGAGUCUGGGUUUGGCUUCAGGAUCCUGGGAGGAGAUGAGCCUGGGCAGCCUAUUCUCAUUGGAGCAGUGAUUGCCAUGGGCUCAGCAGACCGAGAUGGCCGUCUCCACCCUGGUGAUGAGCUGGUGUACGUGGAUGGGAUUCCAGUGGCCGGCAAAACCCACCGAUACGUGAUUGAUCUGAUGCACAACGCCGCCCGAAACGGGCAGGUGAACCUUACUGUGAGGAGAAAGGUGCUACCCACGGACUCCUCCGGCCAGAAAGGGGCCCCCGCGCCUGGUGCGACGCCCCCUCGCAGCUCCCCCAGCGCGAGGAAAAUGGCCAAUAACCAAGGAGAACCCUGCCCAGAGAAUGGCAGAAGCCCAGGCUCGGUGUCCACGCACCACAGCUCUCCGAGAAGCGACUACACCACCUAUGCCAACAGCAACCACGCCGUGUCCAGCAGCACGGCCACGCCGCCCGAGGGCUGCGCGUCGCACGGCCUGCAGAGCAGCGACGUGGUCAUCCACCGCAAGGAGAACGAGGGCUUCGGCUUCGUCAUCAUCAGCUCCCUCAACAGGCCUGAGUCUGGCUCCACAAUAACUGUACCCCACAAAAUAGGGCGGAUAAUUGAUGGAAGCCCUGCGGAUCGCUGUGCGAAACUUAAAGUUGGAGACCGGAUCUUAGCUGUGAAUGGCCAGUCUAUUAUUAACAUGCCUCAUGCAGAUAUUGUGAAGCUCAUUAAAGAUGCAGGUCUCAGUGUAACUCUUCGCAUCAUUCCUCAGGAGGGUGUUCCAUCUCCAUCUCCCCAUGAAGCAGAGCUGAACAGCCCGGCCUCGGCGCCCAGCUCGGAGAAGCAGAGCCCGCUGGCGCAGCAGCACAGCCCCCUGGCCCAGCAGAGCCCGCUGGCGCAGCAGAGCCCCGUGGCCCAGCACAGCCCCGUGGCACAGCCGCCACCUCCGCAGCCCCUCCAGCCGCAGGGACACGAAAACAGCUACAGGUCAGAAGUAAAAGCCAGGCAGGAUGUGAAGCCCGACAUCCGGCAGCCGCCGUUCACGGACUACAGGCAAUCCUCCACGGACUACCGGCAGCCCCCGCUGGACUACCGGCACCCGCCGGUGAUGGACUACCAGCAGCCACCCCCCCUGGACUACAGGCAGCCCCCGCUGAUGGACUACAGGCAGCACUCCCCCGACACCCGGCAGUACCCCCUGGCCGAGUACAGGCAGCCCCAGGACUUUGAUUAUUUCACCGUUGAUUUGGAGAAAGGAGCCAAAGGAUUUGGGUUUAGUAUUCGAGGAGGAAGGGAGUACAAAAUGGAUUUGUAUGUGUUGAGGUUAGCAGAAGAUGGACCAGCAGUAAGAAAUGGAAGGAUGAGGGUAGGAGAUCAAAUAAUUGAAAUCAAUGGAGAAAGCACAAGGGACAUGACACAUGCCAGAGCAAUAGAGCUAAUCAAGUCUGGUGGCAGGAGAGUGCGACUGCUGUUGAAACGUGGGACAGGCCAGGUCCCAGAAUAUGACGAACCAAACUCCUGGAGUGCUCCCUCUGCCACCUCCCCAGGUCUGCCGGAAGUAGCUCUUUCCCUCGACGACAUAAUCUCACCAUUAUCUUCAUCACACAUAGCCCCACCCUCUGACCCUUCUCACCAGAUAAGCCCAGAGCCAACAUGGGAUAUCAAGAGGGAACACGAUGUAAGGAAACCAAAGGAGCUUUCGGUGAACGGUCACAAAAAGAAAAGGUUAGGAGAACAAAGAGAAAGGUCAGCAAGUCCUAAAAAGGUAGACAGGUCAAAGCACGAAGAGGCUUCUUGGAAAGGAUAUUCAGGAGGCAAAAAUAAGACCACUGAUGGUGGCAGGCCCACCUCAGAAAGCAAAGCGGUGGGACACGGCGUUAUGAUCGAGGCUGGCGCAAGAGAGCACAUGUGUGCUGGAAGCAGUGAUGAACAGUUUGAGAGGCUGAGGAAGCCAGAAAGCAAGAGAGGAGGAUCUCUUAGCAAAAGAGACCACAGAUCCACAAACACCAGUGAGAAGUCGGCUGCAGCACCCGACCAUGUCAAGACCGAUACGGGAGCUACCAAGACCUACGGUAGCAACCGCUGCAGCUCGCCUGGAAGCGAUAUGGACCACAGCCAGAGGGACCCUGAUGGGAAACCCAGCGAGUUCCCCAGGAAGGGCCAUCUCCACUCCAUCAGCACUCGCAGCACCAACACCACAGUUCGAAAGGCAACGGUCUCUCCAGGGCCAUGGAAAAUCCCUGGCUCGGAUAAGCUACCAAGCGUCCUGAAGUCUGGUACUUCUGCCAUGAGCAGAUAAGCAAGGGACUGUUGCCCUCUAACUGUCUCAAACUGACGCAGAACAUUCUUCUUAGUUUUUGUCUCACAUUGGUUUGUUUUAAUUUAUUUUAACUAUCACACAUAUACACAAAGCAUUGAGGAAUGAAAACAUUAGUGUGUAAUUCCAUGACAAUGUGCACAGUAUCUAAUAAGUUCAAAAAGCAUAUAGUCAACACAGAGAUUUAAAAUCGACCCUAAAGUCCCAGUUCCAUUUUAGGGACUUUGGCAGCUAUGGAAGAAACCAAAACAAUAUGAAGGACAGUACAUCAGAGAAGGAUAGUGCAGUGUAGCUUUAGCAUUUUUUUCCCACUGCAUGAAGGACUUGGAUUUCAUUCAAACUUUAUAUCAAGAAACUGGAACAAGUUAGAGCAAUCACAAACUGGAACAUCGCCUUAAAUAAAACUGCACGGAGCAAGCUGAAACUGAGAGAGGAUCUUUUCAUGGAGCUAAAAUGUUGUAAAUAAAUUGUUCUCGACAUAUCUAGACAGGGGUUAAAGGGUUUCUUUAAAGCAUCGUUCGGAACUGUACACCCAUGACACGUCUCCACUGUUAACGCUUUGGGAUAGUCCACGUGGCACCCUGUAGAAUAGUUCACCGGGUGCUGCGGGAGGAAUGGGGAAUCCAGUGGAUUAGUUUCUGUGAUACCAUUUCUACUGCCAUUUUUGUGAACAAACCACGUUUCUGUACAUUGGAAAGGAGUUAAGGUGGAGUUGUAUUUGCAAAUUAUUCUCAAAAGUGAUUUAUUACAGGUUCCCCAAGUCCUGUGAGGUAGCACACAAACCAAUUGGUCAGGCUCAAACCCCAGGCAUCUGCAAGGCCCUUGCAAUGAAAGGAAGAGUGCUACAGAGAAAAAGCUGCAGUUUCCUUAAGGAAAGGCCUUUCCUUCCUGCAGAAGAUGACAGCAUCACUUAUCAACAGUGCUAUGUUUCAUACCCAUCCGCAUUUACUUAGGACACUCUCACCUCUCAUCCCCUCAGUCUGGCAGAGCAGGUGCCUUUCAGGCACACGUCAACAAUAAUUAGACUGGUUUCUGAAAUACAGUUGUCGGUGUCCUCAUUCAGUAAAUUCAGUAUUUUUCCAUUUUUAAAAUGGUUUCCAUUUUACCAUUUUUUCCCUAUCUCCAUUUUUUUCUUCUUUUUGUUUUUAUCUUUCUUGCUUGUCUGUUUUGAAUUUUAAGCCUUAAGUGCCAGGUAAACAUUCCAGUCUGCCUUCACAGGAAAUAACUCCGAGUUCAGUCAAUCAGUCAUUAUCUUGUUUCAAACAGAUGUGUGUCUGUGUAAGUGUGCGUGUGCUUAUUCGUCUGUCAAAAUUAAAACAAAAUCCUGGGCAAUAAUACAUUGGUAAUUUAAAAAAAAAUUGUAAAGCUAAGUACUGUCAAAAGUUCAUAUUUAAAAAUUAUUGUUCACUAGCAAUCUUAGUUCCUCACACGCUCUGCUGAAAAACUAGAUUGAGAUUGGCUUUGUUCCAAGAAAUUAGCACAUUGCUGUAUGUCUCAAACAUUGCACUGGACUGCAAAAUUUAUAGACAUGUUUCUUCCUGUCCAAUGAUUUGAAAAGCCUCAAGUCAAGGAUUUUGCAGCUUUCAAAUUUUUUUUUUUUAAGAAAGAAAAAUCCAUUUAUAAUUUUUAAAAAAAGCACAAAUCCGUGUAGCUGUUUAUAAAACUCUUAUUUAAUGGGAAAAAAAAAUAUCUUUAUCCCCUGAACUAGAAUCCAAUAUAAUUUGCCAUUAAUUUAUUGAAUCUGAUUUUGGACAAUGCUUCUGUAGUGUAGAUGCACGUCCCGGUAUCUUAUUUUUAUGUAUAAAGAAAGCAAACAAUGAAAUCUGAAAACCAGUUGAGAUUAUGCUUGCAUAAACUCUAAUUUGCACAGUUCACAGCUACUCCUUGUGCAGUAAUUGCUUUAUGCGGCUGUAAUCGAUAACCUGUGAAGACAGCACAUCAUCUAAACCCCAUUCCAAAUAAUAUUUCUGUGUAGUGUUAGCUGUGAAUUUACCUUGUACAGCUCUAUCUCUAUAAAUAUAAUUCCAUGUAUUAAUAGUCACAGAAAGGCUGUAAGUGAGCAACUAUUUUUAUGAAACGCACCACUAUGGAUAAAUUAACUUUUACAGAAAUCUUGUUUACUGUAUGAUAUUCUAAACCACUGUCAAAUAAAAUAUAUAUCCAAAAAUCUUUCAUUUUUUCAAUUGCA